UGGGUGUGAACAACCUUGUUGAGUUUCGAGAGCGCAUGCAGUCAAUAUUGCCAAGCAUACCAAGAUCAGGACCUGAGGGCAGAAGAGAUUUUGACAGCUUCCGUGAACUAUUUGAGUACCUGAAUAGUGAUGAGAUUGCAACAAAAACAUCCAAUGUGAAAGACAAAGAACAGAAUGAUAGACCUACAAUUUAAGUAGUGUUGUUUAGUAAUCUUGAUACAAGUGUUUAUCAAGCAAACAUGGAAAUGCCACUAGACACUUCAUUUCCUUCCAUAAAUGAAGGCGGGAGUGAAUUGACUAGAAAAUUAACACAUAGUGAAGAAGCAAAGCUGUUGAAAGACACGAACUUGGUUUCAGCUUUCACACAAAGGAAACUCGAGGAAGAUGCUAAGAAGAAUUGGGAUUUGUUUUAUAAACGAAAUGGUACCAACUUCUUUAAGGAUAGACACUGGAUAACCAAGGAAUUCAAAGAACUCAUUGGACACGAUUCUGGUUCCACUCCUGGGAGCAGGCAGAUUUUGGAAGUCGGAUGUGGUGUGGGUAAUUUACUCUUUCCACUACUUCAGGAUAUGGGAAGCAACAGUAAUUGUUUUAUUUAUGCGUGCGACUUUUCUCCACGAGCUGUCAAGUUUGUUCGUGAAAAUGCAUUGUAUUCUGAAAACAACUGUCAUGUCUUUCAGUGUGACCUCACAGUGGACAAUCUAUGCGAUAUUAUUAUCCCUUCCAGCCUUGACUUUGUGACAAUGGUGUUUGUGCUUUCUGCUAUCAACCCUGAAAAGAUGCUGAAAGCACUACGAAAUGUGUUUCUUGUGUUGAAACCUGGAGGAUGUGUGCUCUUCCGUGACUAUGGACUAUAUGAUUAUGCACAGUUGAGAUUUAAGCCAGGCCAUAAACUUAGUGAGAACUUUUAUGUCAGGCAGGAUGGCACAAGAGCUUACUAUUUUUCUCUAGAGACUAUCACAGAAUUGUUCAUAAUGGCUGGAUAUGAAACCCUCCAGAAUGCAUAUGUGCAAAAAGAAACUGUAAACAAGCAAAUGGAAUUGUGUGUACCACGUAUAUUUGUGCAGAGCAAGUUUGUGAAGCCUUGUUUAUCGUGAGUAACAAAAAACGAGGCAUAGGAAGGAAAUGGGUAUUGACUCAGUUAACUAUAUUGUAUUAUUUAUAAAGUGUUUAAUUUGUGAGUAGAGAUGUACUUACCAGUUUUUGUUCAAACAUGCAUAACUCUUUACAUCUAAUCAUCAAACUAGAAGCUUCAUGUUUCUAGUUUUUCUGUCAAUAAAUGCAGGAGAAUCACCUCAUGUGUUACAGUUACGAGCCGAGGUGAACUUCGCUUAAUGGGUCAUUGUUAUAUAGAAUUCCCAGUAAGGAACUGCGAUGGAACAUGUGGGAGCCGCCUAUAAUGCACAGACAAAUAUAUGAGAUAUGCUAACAGGGUUAAACCUGAAGAAUUAAUGCUGGAAGAGGCUGCAGACCACUAAAUGGAACUGUCAACCGGUGCGGUGUAGAAAAGUAGAAAAUCAAUUAUUACAAUCUGAAAACGAGAAAUAAACAAAUAAAAACCGUUA